AUGGAGGGCAGCCUGGAGCAGCCCGGCCCAGGGAAGGGGCCUGGGGACAGCCAGGCCCUUGCUGAGCUCCAGGAGCUGGCCUUGAAGUGGUUCAUGGAGACACAAGCCCCUUCCAUCCUGCAGAAUGGGGCCCUGCCCCCCUGGUUUCACGGAUUCGUCACCCGCAAGCAGACAGAGCAGCUGCUGUGUGACAAAGCUCUUGGGUCCUUCCUCAUUCGCCUCAGCGACCGGGCUGCCAGCUACAUCCUGUCCUACAGGGGCAGUGAUCGCUGUCGGCAUUUUGUCAUCAACCAGCUCAGAAACCGGCGCUACCUGGUCUCAGGGGACAACCUGAGCCACGGCACCCUGGCCGAGCUGGUGCGCCAUUACCAGGAGGUGCAGCUUGAGCCCUUUGGGGAGACACUGGCUGCUGCCUGCCCCCGGGCAGAGGACCAUGAUUUGUAUGAUGCCAUCACCCUGGGCCUCCAGCAGACCAACCUAGGCCUUGAAAACCUCCCAGCAACAUCUCCUGCCAUGGUACCUGACAAAGCUGCCAGCCCCCGUGUCCCUGUGAAGGCCCGGGGGUCCUUCCUGCACACAGAAAAGAGCCUAGACCCAGGUCCUUGGAACCUUGCCAAGGAGGACAGCACAGAGGUCCACAGCAGGGUGCCCCCGCUCCCUGAGAGGAGCGCCUCCCUCCUGGAUAAGUCUCCUGCCAUGCCUGGUAACCUCAUCUACAUGGAUCUGAGGAAGACGAGCCAGGCACGGCUGGGUGUGGGCACAGCAGUGUCCAGCCAGGCCUGUGCCCCAGGCAGAGAGACCCUGCAGAGACUCUCAGAUGGAGACCAGGACAGGCCUGACAACCUGGGGCCUACCCUCCCUGGGCUGAACCCAGACCAGGGCCCAAAAAUGCCUGCCACCUCCCGGGGACCACUCCUGUACCCCAGUUCUGAGGCCCAGGGAUCCUGGGCUGCUACACGGAGGCAGGGCUUUCAACAGCUGAGCCAUGCGGCUCUGUCCUGCUCCCAGGGCAGCUUUGCUGAUGCCUCUGACCUUGCUGGGGCCACAGGUCUCCUGCAGGAGGCCUGCGAUACAGCUGACCAGGAGGAAAGGGCUUACGAGCAGAUCCCAGCCCACCGGAGUGGCCCAGACAGGCUCCCACCUCUCAGGGCCAGUCCCACGUACAGCACACUGUCGGGGCCCAUGAACAGUGGCUAUGAGAGGACCUCAGGGACCCUGGAGCUCCCAGAGCUGGGCAACACCUACGAGCAAAUCCCAGCAGCCAGGAGGAAGGAGCCUGGACGGACACAAAAGCCUGACAAGCUCCGGAGGCUCUUCUUUGCAGACAAGAAGCACAGGUUCUGAAGAGGGCCUGGCCCUGGUGUUCCCUGGUCCCUGUGCUGUGCUGGGAUCAUCUGAAGCUCUCCGCUUCAGUGGAAGGUGGCCUGGAAUCCUCAACCCAACCAACCACUGUGGACCAGGCUCUGAGACGCAGCCUGGGUGCUUGCAAGAGGGACCUUCCUCAGCCUGUGCGCCUACAUGUCCUGCUCCCCAGCACCUCCCAACCACACAGAGGAGGAAAAAGGCCACAGAGCAGGGACUGGCCAUGAGCAGGGGUCAGUGUUCCACUUUCCAGAGGAGUGUGCCAAGAUGGGCUCGGAGCUCGCUGGAGUGUGGCAGACCUGGGCUGGCAGAUACUUUCCUAAUGGACAGGGGAUACAGUGCAGCUUUCUGGCUCAAGGUCCAAGCAGCAGAAAGGAAGAGGGGCAGGAGCUACUUUCUCUCUCUUGUCCCAUAGGGACAUGGCAGCAAGGCCUGGCCUGGAAGCCACAGUUUGACCUUAGAACAGGUCAGGGCCCCAUCAGCUGCCCACAGCUCCUCCUGGCUUUCCUCAGCCACAGCUGGGCAAAUCCUGAUGUUCUCAGCCCAACCCCUUUGUGGUACAAAGGAGAAACCAAGGCGCCUGGUGGAGUGGCGGUAGAUUGGGGCGACAUUGCUAAGCGAACGACCCCUAGAAAGACUGCUCAUGCUGGGGCUAAUCUGGGACAGAGUGCUGGGUGCCAUCCCUGUGUGGUCAGGCCACCUAGGCCUGCCCUCUGCCUCCAGCCAGUCUGACCUGUGGCCCCUCACCCUGUGGCCUUGCCCCAUACAGCCGAGGACUGCUGCCCAGCACAGCUCUAGACAUGGCUCAGGUCUCCUGCUCCCUCAGUCCAGGCUGGCUCUGCCCGGGAUCCUUCCUGUUUUGUUCCUUGUUCCCCUUGCUCACAUGUUCCCACCUCCAUAAAGGUGACCACUGGGGGCAGUGACCAGGACUGACCUCUCCAGAUAGAUCACAGGUACCCUCCUUCCUGCCAGACCCUGGGCACACGUGACUUGGAGCACAUCUGGGACAGCCUGGCUAUGCAACUUCUCCCUCUGAAAAGCAGAGACAGGACGGUCCCUAU